GGGGGUCUGCAUGAAGAUCGGCGUCUUCCUUCCCGGUGUGCUCUCUUGUUCCUGUGUAUUUCUAUCUUGUUUUUUGUCUUCUUAAAAAGGUGGCACGUUUGUUUUCCGCGCUUCUGGCGCGCGUGUACGCAUGUGUUGUCUUGACCUUGGGCAGCGGCGUACAUACCACGGUUUGGUUCCACGUACUGUCGAGGCCCGCGCCGUUGGACGAAAGCUUGACGCUCGGCGAACGGUGUUUUCUGUGAAGUUACGCUGUAGCACCAACCGUGCACGAGGGGAGAUGGCGCGCAGGGCUCCCCACGUCACUUGUUUCUUGAGAGUUUUGAUGUUCGACACACAUGCUAAAUACCAAAUAUAACCUGAUUUUUUAUAGCGCGGCGUAUUCGCGAGGCGAGAAGUAGCAGUGCGUGUUUCUUCGUCCCUCUCCAAAUAUUGCGUGUAGGUGGGAGUAGGGCUUGUUCCAUGCAACGGCUGAAUGGGGGUGACAGGAGUGGUACCAAGGCGUGGAAGGUAUCGCGUGCUUUCGGGUCGGGCUCGCCGGAAUUUUGGCUCUUUUUUGGCGC